GCUGGGCGAGCUGUCCCCGGGAAGGCCGGAGUGGGUGUCCCGUGGCAUCGCUCCCCUCGCUCGCUCCGCCCCGGCGCUUGUGGUUCCGCCUUUCCGCCUGUGGCUCAGCGCGCCCGGCCUGCUCUCCGCUGCCUCCCCAGAUCUCUUAGUCUGAACCCCGGUGUGUUUGCGUACAGAGUAUCACGAAGACUGUUCUGGAGGAAUGAUGGGCCUCUGAGAUGAUUUGAAUGCUCAUGCCGGGUUUUACUUCGGCUUUCUGCCUUCCAUUGACUGUGGUGUGUCUGUCACUUGUCAUCUGUCUACAUUCCUGACUGUCUUCUGGUUAUACUUUAAUGCUGUUUAUCUGUUGGAGGUUUUGAAUUUUGAUAAUUACAUUUGGCAGAAUUGUGUUUACAGUAGAAGAAAAAAAUAAGUGGAGGACCCCCCCCCCUUCCAUUUCCCCAAAUCCCUGUUUAGAAAGCACAGCUAAGGAAAACACAGAAAAUGAAAGUCACUAGACUCCUACCUGAGGAUAACUGUUGCUAAUAUUUUGGAUGUCCUCUUAUGUUAAAAAAAAAAAAAAUGCUUUUCUUGAGCCAAGAGUGGUGGCCCACACAUCUUAUCUCAGAACUCAGGAUUCAGAGGCACAGAUCUCUGAGUUUGAGGCCAGCCUGGGCUACUUAGUGAGAUCCUAGUUGUGAGAUCCUGGAUGCAGAAUCAGAAUUCAUACCCUUAUUUAGUCCCUUUUACAUAACAUAACCUGCCUAUUUUUCCACUCAUCUUUUCUAUUCACAAGUUUAUAAUGGCUACAAGGUAUGUCAUUGUGCUAAGGGCUCUCUUGAGUAAAGAAUGAGCCCUAGUCUCUACAUUCUACAUCCCCUUUUUAAGUAGCUUGGAUGACAGCUGACUCAUAUCUUGUUUUUGAUCAAGAUGCAUAAGGAAGGUGGGAUUAGAGUUGUGUGAAUUCAAAGAUUUAGUGCUCCUUGCUUAGGGGCAGGCAAUUUUUCAUUUUUGAUUUAUUGAAAAGGCAAAGAAAAUCACUUUAUGCCUUCCCAAUUUUUCUUUCUUUGGUUUUAGGCACACUAAAAAAAAAAAAAAAAAACUCCCUCUAAGAAUGAAAUAUGACUGAUGAUUCUCAGAGAAACUUUCGAUCAGUCUACUAUGAGAAAGUUGGGUUUCGUGGAGUUGAAGAAAAGAAAUCACUGGAAAUCCUCCUGAAAGAUGACCCUUUGGACAUUGAGAAGCUUUGCACCUUUAGCCAGAGGUUCCCUCUCCCAUCCAUGUACCGCGCAUUGGUCUGGAAGGUGCUUCUAGGGAUCUUGCCUCCACACCAUGACUCUCAUGCCCAGGUGAUGGCCUAUCGCAAAGAUCAGUACUCUGAUGUCCUUCAUGCCCUGAGAGUAGUUCGCUUCAUCAAUGAUGCCACCCCUCAGGUUGAAGUGUAUCUUCGCAUGUAUCAGCUUGAGUCUGGGAAGUUGCCUCGAAGUCCCUCUUUUCCGCUGGAGCCGGAGGAUGAAGUCUUUCUGGCCAUCGCUAAAGCCAUGGAAGAGAUGGUGGAGGAUAGUGUCGACUGUUACUGGAUCACCCGAUGCUUUGUGAAGCAGUUAAACAGCAAGUUCCGGGACUCUUUGCCUCAGCUGCCCAAGGCCUUUGAGCAGUACUUGAAUCUGGAAGAUAGUAGACUGCUGAGUCACCUGAAGACGUGUGCUGCAGUGUCCAAACUUCCUUAUGAUCGCUGGUUCAAAAGGUGCUUUGCGGGAUGCCUGCCUGAGUCCAGUUUACAGAGGGUCUGGGAUAAAGUUGUAAGUGGAUCCUGUAAGAUCCUAGUUUUUGUAGCAGUAGAAAUAUUAUUAACCUUUAAAAUAAAAGUCAUGGCAUUGAACAGUGCGGAGAAGAUAACCAAGUUCCUGGAAAACAUUCCUCAGGACAGCUCAGACGCUAUUGUGAGCAAGGCCAUCGACUUGUGGCACAAACACUGUGGGACCCCAGUCCAUUCAGCCUGACAGCUUGCGACGUUGUGGACAGUCUGCAGACCCCCCCUGAGCACAUUGUCCAUGUCACUUGGUCUACUAACUGUUUAGAAAUGGUAAUCUUGCUGUGGUGCUCAAAAUGCAACACCCCAUCCCCUACUUAGUAAAGUAAUUUAAUCACAA